AUGACAAGCACAGGAAUGCAACAAGUAAAACCAAUCCUUGACACUGCGGUACCGACGCUAAAGGUCAUGCGAUUACAAAAACCUGAACUUCAUAUUCCUGCAGCUGGUACGCUAGAAGACAAGGGCGUGCUUUCAUCUGCCAUGUGCUUGCCAGAUUCUUUUGGUGUGAUCCAUAUAGGCGAAACCUUUACAGCAUAUCUUGGUGCACUCAAUGUGUCGAAAACACUUCCAGUUUCUCGAUUAACUGUUUCUGCUCAACUUCAAACACCAAGUCAACGAUGGCAUCUUGCAUCAAGUCUUGAUUCAGGAAACUCAAAUGGAGGAGUGGAUGUUCCGCCGGAAGCUGGCGUUGAUGCUGUUGUUUCUCAUGUGCUGGAAGAACCUGGACAGCACAUAUUGAGAGUUGAAGUUGGCUAUGGUAGCGCUGAUGGGCAAAAGACUCUUAGAAAAUUUUACAGGUUUCAAGUCUCCGUCCCACUCAUCAUCGGUGCAUCAACGUACAAGAGCGGCGAAUCGGUAUGCUUUGUGUCGUUGGACGUCCAAAACAAUGAGGCGGAGACGAAGGGUGGUUUGACUAUAUGUUCAGUAGACUUUGACGCAGUACAUGGAUUGGAGGCAAAUCAGGUUCACUUAGAGACAGAAGGCAAGGACUCAUUAAGGGCUACAGCACUAUUUGACAACUGCGGAAGGCUGGAAACUGGUGUCACCAGAAGCUACCUCUUCAAAGUUGAUGCCACGUCAGCUUCGAAGCCCGGAAGAAUAGAUGCCGGCGAUGAACUCGGUACAGCAAGUUUCACAUGGAGAAAGGCAUGUGGAGAGAUGGGGCGUAUGAAAUCUUCUUUGUUGAUUUGUCCAAAUGCUACUAUAUUAUCAGGGACUGAAAAGAGGCCUACUGGAAAAGACAAGAAAAUUGAGCCACUCUCUGUAGAUGCAACGAAUACUACAGUGAUACCAGGGCUCGCACAAGAUCGCCAAGCAACAUUGGGCCAAAAAUUGCCUGUUACUGUUCAGCCGAUUGACCCGCCGGUGCAAGUGCAGAUCGGGCAACCGUUUCAUAUCGAAUUCUUGGUAGUGAACCACUCGGAGAAGUACAUUUCAUUGCAGGUACAGUUCCGCAUGGAACAGCUCACUGGUAUUUCUGUUUGUGGACCAAACUUCAAGAACCUAGAUGAGGUCCCUGGUAAUGGGGGCAACGUCAGAGUUACCGUUAGAUUCAUUGCCCUUUCUGCGGGUUUAUUGCAACUUCGUGGAUGUCGUGUGGCAGACCUAUCAACAGGAUUGGAAAUUCCUCAGUCAGCGCUUUGUAAUAUGCUCGUCCAUUGUUACGCUGGAAGGAGAAUAAGCGGGAUGAUGGAUAUAGAAAAGAAUAGAUCGAUCGAUGCGGUGAAUGCACCGGCAAAGACGAGUUUCAUGAGGAAGUGGGGACCAGCUUUGCUUGUGGUUGCUGGCGUCUUGGCUCUGAAUGCUAGCCUUUUGGGACCAACCGGUUCCAAGAUUCCUGAGCUUUCACAGUCUCACUUCGAACGCCGUGCUCUGAUUGAACGGCACACUGCUGACGUUCUUGCCAUGCCAUCCAAUCCUGAUGAUCGUCAUCUAAAUCGAGGGUUCGGUUCUCGCCAUCUCACAGAGCAGGAAGGAGGUAACAUGGAGUAUACACGUCGUCGUCACCGAUACCUUGGAGAGUACCUUCACGUUGACGUUUCUGAUCAAUUUUCGCUAUUCGGAAAAUGGUCGGUUGCCCUUAUUUACUUUUCGUUUUGGUUUUUCUUAAUGUUUCCCAACUGGUUCCUUCCCAUUGGUCGUCCUGGUAUCGCACUGGGAGGAGGAUUGUCCAUGGUGGUUUGGCGCUUUCUAUUGUUGAAGACUGGGCAUGGUCCUUUCUUCGAUGCCGAGCGUGUGAUCAUUAUGGAGCCUCUGUUCCUCCUUUUUGGACUUAUGCUCACGACGAUCUACCUUGAGAAGAUGGAACGCGGAGGGCUGUUUGACAAGCUUCGUGACUCACUUGAUGAUCCUGUGAACUGGAAGCGAUCGGGGAAAAUCAUGGCCAUGUCCACCCUUGGAUCUGCAGCAGUCAUGAAUGAUUCUGUUGCCCUUAUCUUUUCUGGGGUCGUUGUUGAUCUUUGCGUCCGACACAAGGUUGCGAACUCCCUUCCCUAUCUUCUCUCGCUGGCAACUACCGCCAACAUUGGAUCUGCGCUCACCUUGACUGGAAACCCACAAAACAUCUUGAUUGUUUCCCUUUCAUACGAUGAUAUUGGAUGGCUUGAGUUUGCCGGAAAUGUUGCGAUGCCAGUAGUUGCAGCGACAUGCAUCAAUGUGAUCAUGAUGUUUGUUUACUAUGGUUCGGAGUUGUUUCCAGGAUCCUCUGGAGUUGCAGAAAACAUUGGAAUCAUCUUUUUGGGAAACCGCACGCCAGAAAUGCUGGCUCAAGAACACGCAUUCUACGCACGGCAGGCGGCGUCCCCGGAUCAAUCUGGUGUUGAUGCUAGCUCAGGAUGGACUUUCUGGUCGAAGCUUCAAGUACUGAUUGUUGUCAUUUUCUUGAUUUGUUUUGCUGUUGGCCUGGAUGUCUGCGUUGUUUCGAUUUCUGCAGGUGCUAUUCUUAUGGUCAUUGCGGCGUACAAACGCCAACACUACGAUCCUCGUCCCGACACCACACAAUAUGAUGCUGAGGGCAAUCCCAUUCCAAGAAAGAAAACGUAUGAUAUGGAUGGAAAUGAGAUUGAGCCUGAGGAAGAUGAGCUUGUCACCGAGUCUGAAACUACUUUGACCGAAGUUGAUUAUGGUUUGCUUAUGCUCUUCAUCGGACAGUUCCUUCUCAUUGGUUCCUUCGACGAUACCGGUGUUCCACAAGCAUUUUUCAACAUUAGCAUGGGAAAUUGUGCGGAACAAAUGACCAAGGGAGCAUGUGUGUACUGGUUUGUCAUGGUUAUUACGAUUUUGUCAAACGUUGCUUCCAACGUUCCUGUCGUUCAAAUGCUUGCCGCCACAUUCCCUUACGCAACUCCAUAUGACUGGUUGCAAGUAUCUUUCUCUGCCACUGUUGCUGGUAAUCUUACAAUGCUUGGUUCGGCUGCCAACAUGAUCGUUGCAUUCCAAGCAGCGAAGGUCGGAGAUCGGACUUUCACUUCGGAGCGUCAUGCUCCAUUUGGUAUUCCCUCGACUUUGCUAUGUCUUUAUGCCGGUACCUUUGCAUUGGCAACAUUCCACUUUGCACCGGAAUGUUCAGAACGUCUUGGUGAAUGCUAA